AUGAGCCAUUCUUAUACAUAUACAAAAAAUUUCAUUCAAAGCCAAGUUAAUAUACUAAAUGAACCUUAUAGAAUUAAUUCCCGAAUCAGAAACAUUCUAGCCGAACAAGAUGAAAUAACUGAAUCCGAGUUGCAAACAAUUUUAAAUCUACUAAAUAACGAGAUUAAAGAAUGUAAUGAUGAAUUGUUCCCAUCACAAAUCAAUAACCAGAUAGUACUGCAAAUUUUAAAGUUGGAAAAACAGAAACUAAAAAUAGUUAAUCUGCAAUUGUUUAAAAUUAACUCAUUUAUUAAACCCAUCACAUUACCUGAUUUUGAUAAUUUAACAAACCAAGAUCAAAACAAAAAAUUGGCAGAGUUGAGAGAACAAAUUAAAGAGCUCCCUGAUCUGAAAUAUUUGUUUGUGUCCAACACAGAUACCACUGACAUUCAAGAUGAAUAUGAUUUGGAUGACGAUGACCAGGGGCAGGACAUGGAGAAUGAACCACGGGAAGAGCAGGCAGAGGACAACGAAACUGAUAAAGCCAAUACCGAUAUAGUGCAAGACGAUCAAGAAGAGGUAGCAUCUACCAAGCAAAUGAAAAAAGAGUUUAUCCAGGAAAUUGCCGACAAAGUUAACGAUUCAAAUGCACAACCAGAUCAAGAGUUGAUUGAAAAAUACGAUAAGUUGAGGACUGAUCUUAUAGAUAUAAGCGAUCGUUUGCAAUACAAGUCCGGGAAACUAGGUUAUUUAUCGGGAUUGCAACAAACAUUGUCAGAGAUUGUUGGUGUCCGCUCAACGACCAUCGACACUCAACUGAACCAAAUCUACGACAGUGAUGAAGAGGUAAGCACACCAAACGAUAAUGAAACGAGUCUUCAACCUGGUCCAUAUAGCACACGAACAAAUAUACAAAGUGAAAUCAAUCGUUUUAGAAUGUUAGUUGAGAAAAUAUCAUACAAGGUCAAUACUAAGAAUCUUACUUCUGAUAAUCUCCGUGAAAAGUUGCAAGAGAUAAAUCACAACCCAAACAGUGCCAUAUAG